AUGGGUAAAAGUGCUAAAUUCCUCAAGCGUGUUAAAAAGCCCAAAGCGGGGUCGAACUCGAACAACGUUGCCGGUUCUUCCGCCCAGGCUCAAGCUCAGGCUGCAAAGAAAAAGAGCAAUUUGAAGGAUAAAGCCUCCAAGUCAAAGACAGGUCCCCGUGAAGGCCCCGUUCUGGGAGGCGCAGACUAUGUUGCCUUGAUGAUGGGUGGGAGGAGAAAAGCUAAAGAAGAAGCCGCCAAACUACCGCCUCCUGAAGACGCUGAAAUGUCGUAG